AGGAAGUAUACGUGUAUUGAUGAGUCGUACUUGAUGUUAGUCAUCUGCAUUGAGGGGAGAAGCUUCAUCGAAGAUUUAAAAACCUGGCCAGGGGAAUUAAAAAAACCUUCAAUGUCAUCUCAUGAUUGAAGACGCCAAUAAUUGUACUUUAUUUGUCUUCACUCUCGAUAUUUGAUUCAACUCUGGUGUCUCAAUUCGUCGUCGUGAAGCGUCCGUGGUCACUUGGCGUCAUCUGAACGGACGUAAAGACCAAAUCCUCUCAGCAGCACAUCUCUCUAUCUCGCUUUGCCUUUUGGAAUUAUUCUUCCUAGUUUUAAUUGUUCGCGGUAGAGGAGCAUCACGUUUAUUCACCUGCUCGGAUGACCUACUUUGUAUGAUGCGGGAAAUUUCUGGUGGGAGGUUGACGGCAACAGCCAGUCUUGGAGGGCACACCGUCUGAUAGAGACGCCUUACCUUUUUUGUAAAUCUCUAUCUUUUUAAAGGAACAUUCCUUGAUGGACGUGUAAUGAAGAUAAAGGAUGGACAUGUUUUGGGAAUUACUAUUCAUUCUCCACGCCAACUGUAUAACCUGCAUAUUAGCCCAGCCAAAUCCACCUAAAAUUCAUGAUGGGUGGUGGGCAUACAAGGAGGUGGUUCAGGGAAGCUUUGUUCCAGUGCCAUCUUUUUGGGGCCUUGUAAAUUCAGCCUGGAACUUGUGUUCAGUGGGGAAGAGGCAAUCGCCAGUCAACAUUGAGACUAGCCACAUGAUUUUUGACCCUUAUCUCAAGUCCAUGAAACUUAAUACGGGUGGACAAAAGGUAAGGGGAACAAUGUAUAACACAGGCCGCCAUGUUUCUGUGCGAUUGGACAAGGAGCAUCUUGUUAAUAUCUCUGGUGGGCCGAUGAUGUACAGCCAUCGUUUGGAGGAGAUCCGGCUACACUUUGGAAGUGAGGACAGUCUUGGCUCUGAACACCUUCUUAAUGGGCAGGCCUUCUCUGGAGAGGUUCAGCUAAUUCACUACAAUCAUGAACUGUAUACAAAUUAUACUGAAGCUGCCAAAAGCCCAAAUGGACUUGUCAUUGUGUCAAUAUUCAUGAAAAUAGCUGAAGCAUCGAACGCGUUCCUGAAUCGAUUGCUUAACAGAGAAACCAUCACAAGAGUAACAUAUAAAAAUGAUGCAUACCUUCUGACAGGCCUGAACAUCGACGACAUCUAUCCAGAGACAAGUAGUUUUAUCACUUAUGAUGGAUCGAUGACCAUCCCGCCAUGCUUUGAGACUGCCACAUGGAUUCUGAUGAACAAACCAGUUUACGUCACACGCAUGCAGAUGCACUCUUUGCGUCUUCUGAGCCAAAACCAGCCAUCUCAGAUCUUUUUGAGUAUGAGUGACAACAUCCGUCCAAUUCAGCCUCUCAUCAACCGCUGCAUCCGCACCAAUAUCAACUUCAGCAUGCAGGGCAAAGACUGCCCCAACAACAGGGUUCAUAAACUUCAGUACAGAGUGAAUGAAUGGUUACUAAAAUAGGAUCCAUUUGAGGAGCACACGUGUCAGAGGUGAAGAACAAGACCAAUUGGGGGACCACUGAGCAACCAGACGUGUCUCUCGUGUGACGGAAAUAAUUGAUUGUAUCCGAAAUUAAGGAACUCAAUCAACUUGGCUGUGCUUUUUGUACAUUGAGAACUGUGAAGGGUAUCCAACACAAACACAUACAUUCGUACCGAGCCCUUUCCUCACUUUACAACCACAUCAGACAUUUUGAUACAAACAUGUUUUUGUCAGAAACAAACAACAUAAGAAACACGAAGGUAUUUGUUUGGUUGGUUAAAGUAUUUUAUUUCUAUCUUCUUGUGGUUGAAAAAUAUGUUUCAUUUCCUCCAUGCAAUGUAACAACAAACUUUUUGAAAUAUAUAUUUCAAGUUUCUGCAGCCUCGGAGAGAAACGGAGGCCAACCAUGUGUACGUUGGUGAAUCUCACUCCCUGACAACGUCAAGAGCAGUGCUGGUUUCGGAGUAUCUAGGUAGCUCGCACGCUCGUCUCUCAUGCCGGAAGAUACAGGUUUGAUUGAAAGAUUGAAAAGGGCGGGUUGCAAGAGUAUCAAGAGUUUUGGUCGCAUUUGUGUUUAUUUCAAUUCUAACUGGAGCAAACGGCUCAUCAUGUUACAAUUCAUGCAUAUUUUUUCAAAUAUUUAAUUGAAAAUUAUUUUUAAAGAGAUAAGUAUUGAAUGAAUGUUACCACAAUAAGAAUUCUGCAGGAAUAUCAGUUGAUUGUAUUUUUUUUCUUUAUAAGUUACAAUUGUCAUACACUGUAUGAAUAAUAUUCUCAGCCCAAUAAAUUGGUCUGAAGCCAUUCUGUAUU